AUGGGUCUGCUCUCAUGGUGGAAAGGCAAAGACCCCAAACCCGAAACCAAGCCCAACCCGGCUCCGAAACCCGUCGAGGUUCCGGGCAUGAACGGCGCCGUUGAGGUGCCUCGACCCGCCAACAUCACAGUCUUUGAAUUCGGGUCGGUCGCCGCUUCCGCCGACAAUGUCACUCUCGCCGGAUACUGCCCCGUUUCCGAAGACCUCGAGCCCUGCCGCUGGGAGAUCCUCCCCGCCAGUGGCUCCGACGCGCCCCAGUUUCGCGUGGUGUUCUGA